UAUAUAUAUACGUCUGCGAAUUUUGCGAGAAAAAAGAUGCUUAUAUUAAAGAUAGGGAAGUUAAUAUAACAUGUAAAAGUAAUAAAUGUCAUCCUUGCAAAAAGAACAAAAAUCCAGCAUUCUAAAUUUAUGCUUUAUCAUGUUGAUAUAACUACACGUAUGUACACAUGCAAAUGGCUUCGGCAAAGAUUGAGUUUGCGGUACAUAUGACAUGCGAGAAAUGUGUCGACGCAAUUUCUAAGAGUGUAUCGGAUUUAAAGGGUAUUCGAAAUAUUGAUAUUUCAUUGGAACGCGGCACCGUUAUUAUUGAAACGGACCUACCUUAUUUUAUCAUUCAAGAAAGGAUCGAACAGACUGGAAGGCAAGCAGUGUUGAAAGGAUACGGAGAUGGAUUAAGCGCUGUAUCAAUGUUGGGUGGGAAUUCGGGAUACAGUGUAGAAAAUUUAAUCAAAGGUGUAAUAAGAUUUGCGCAGACUCCACAAGGAUGUAUUAUAGAUGGUACGGUUGAUGGAUUGACAUUGGGAGAGCAUGGUAUGCAUAUACACGAAUGCGGCGAUAUAUCUAAUGGCUGUGAUAGUGUAGGUGAACACUUCAAUCCAAACAAUUCCCCACAUGGCGCUCCUGAGAAUGAUCUGUCAGAGAGGCAUAUCGGUGAUCUUGGUAAUAUCUUAGCAGAUGCUACAGGUAGAGCUACUUUUCGAAAGAUAGACAGAUUCCUUAAAAUAUCUGAUAUCAUUGGGAGAUCGCUCGUUGUUACCAAUGACCCUGAUGAUCUAGGGAAGGGUGACAAUUCAGAAUCCAAAAUAAAUGGAAACAGUGGAAUUAGGCUGGCUUGUGGUAUUAUAGCCAGAUCUUCUGGAUUAUUUCAAAAUACAAAAAAAAUUUGUGCAUGCGACGGUCUUACAAUAUGGGAUGAAAGAGAUCGAGCCCUUGCAAAUCAUGGUAUUAAAAGUUACGCAAAAUUGAAUGAAAAAAUAUGCAUAAUACUUUGAAUAUCUUAGGAAAAAGAGAACUGUUCUUAGAAAUUUAACUAUGCAUCAAAAUUUGUCACGUUCUAUUUAUUAUUAGUUUUAAAA